AUGGAGGAGAGCAGGAUUCUGGGGGAGGACCUCCAUGCGCUUCCAGAGCGUCUGCUAGAGCGUCUUUCACAGAUUCCGGGAUACUCAUGGGACCAGAACGUCACCCCUUUCCAGUCCUCUUACGACCACUGGCAGUUCACUGGAAUCAAAUACUCCGCAGACUCCGAAAGCAUUUCGACGCAUACCGCGGCCUCCUCCUCGUCUCGUUCCAAGGCCUCCGCAUCGUCGCAUAACUCGCCGGAGCUGGAGCCAAGGUCCUUUUUUCCGUCGCAGUGGCGAAAGGCCCCCAGUGAAGCUGGGAGUGAGAUCACAUCCCCACGCGAAGAAGUCGAGAGGCCAUGGCUUCCCGUCAUAGCCCGUGUGUCCGGCCAUGUUGUCCGCCUUGAGCGUGAGUUUCACAUCUUGAGGACGAUCGUUGAGACCUCCGAUCCAGAAUGCAAGCACACCGUUCGCCCCAUCGAUAUCAUACACCUUGCUCGCGAGCCAGAGGACAGAGGGCUGCUCCUCGUCACGAUUUAUGAAUACGUAUCGCCCAACUAUCUAAGACGCUUGAUCCUGGGUGGGCCGCACUCCUUCCAAAUGGAUUGCAGUGUCCCGCCAUCGACCAAUCCAGAUAUUGAAGAGGUUUCACUGCAGGCGUUUUUUGAUUUUGCCAUUGGAGCUUGCGAGUGUCUCGAGUUGCUGCAUUAUGGUCUAAAGACCAUCCAUGGUGAAAUACGUGGUGACGCUUUCCACUUCUCCGAGGAAACUAGGGUCGUUAGGCUGAUGAAUACCGGUAAUGGCCCUAGGUCAUUCGACAAUGCUCUAGGCGAUGGUUGGGCCGUCUUGUCAAAGGAAAUCGGCGUCAGGAACAAGCUACAGUUUAUCGCGCCAGAACAGACCGGAAGAUUACCAACAGAGCCCGACAGCAGAACAGAUAUAUAUGCUCUUGGUAUUCUACUAUGGAUUAUGCUAGCUCGGAAGCCCGCUUUCGAGGGAAAAGACCUUGUUGAAGUAGUGCAGAAUGUCCUGAGCAAGAAACUAUCUCCCAUAUCGACCUUACGCCUUGAUAUGCCUGAUGCAUGCUCCGCCGUUAUUCAAAAGAUGACCAAAAAACAAAUCAAUGAGAGGUAUCAUACCAUCUCAGCAGUCAAAUGGGAUUUCCAGCAGAUCUCCAAGCUGCUCGGCGAUGGGAACUCAGAGGCACUGAGAGACUUCCAGGUAGCCCAGCGGGAUGUUUCCUCUUUCUUCACACUACCUUCCGGCAUGUUUGGAAGGAAAGUCGAAUUCGACCGGAUUAUGAGCGUCAUAAACAAGGCCAGCAAACGACGACAAGCUGCCACCACCCCUAACAAGCCAAGUCUCUAUGCAAGGAGCUCGGCUUCGUCGAUUUCGGGCGACAGACUAGAUGCUGUCGAAGUUGACGCCUCCAGUGAUUCUGGUUCCUACGCAGCCCCUAUUUCAGCAUUCAGACCUAACUCGAUUUCUCACGCUUCGACCUCUCAUGGCUUGAUGCCUUCCCACGAUUCGAUGUUCAGUGGUGAUCAUGGCACUACUAGCGGUAAAUCCACGCUUCUUUCAAACCGCAUGAAAAGCCCUACGGAUUCGCGAAUGUCAUGGGAAUUUAUCGAUCGUGACUCCCCCAGCGUCGCAUUCGACUCGGGCUCUCUAGCUCGGCGAAAAGCAGCACAUACAAAAUAUAGACAUGGUGGUCGAUGUGAAGUGAUAACGGUGUCUGGACCAACCGGAAUGGGCAAAUCAGACCUGCUCCAGCGUCUGCUACCCGAAAUACGCAAACUAGGUUACGUUGCCGUUGCAAAGGUCGACCGACAGUCUAAAUUGCCGUUUGACCCUUUCCUCAAAGCACUAGCCAGCCUAUUACGACAGAUAUUUUCUGAGCGUGAUAUUUCGACAGAAUACCACAAUUCCAUCCGCAAUAGCCUGCAGCCCAUCUGGCCGUCCCUCCACCAGUUCCUCGACCUUCCCUACCAGCUGCUCUUCCAAGAUAAUGUCGACUAUGAACCACCGGUACACCAGAGAUCCUUUCAACCGCUAAAAGGUUUAAAGGAGGGUAUAGAAGAAUCGUUCAGUGUCAGUGCCCCCGAAUUUACAAGUCUCAGGCAUGGCCAAACCUCACAAGAUUUCAUUCAGGGACCGUCCGCUUCAGGAAUGAACUUUGUGGAAAUCGUAAUCGAUGUACUGAGGGUUAUGUCCUUAUACGAAGUCAUCUGCAUAUGUAUCGACAAUGCACACUUCGUGGACGAUGAGUCUGCCGGCCUAUUACUUGAGAUCAUAAAGAACAAAGUUAGAUGCGUGGUCAUCCUCACUGGACGCACCGAUGACAUUGUCUCGCCUAUCAUGAAAUCCAUUUUCGCAGGCGAGGGCUCAAGUAUUACAAAUGUGGUACUGGAACCUCUGACCGAAGAUGAUAUUCUUGAAUUCGUCGCCGCGACAAUGCACCAAACUUCAAACAACUCUCUGGUCCCGCUAGCCGCUGUCGUUCAGGAGAAGAGCCGUGGAAACCCCUUUUACAUUCGCAUGAUUCUUGAAACAUGUUAUCGGAAGAACUGCAUCUGGUACUCCUGGAGAGACGCUGCGUGGGAGUUCGACCUUGAUCGAGUAUUCUCGGAAUUUGUUGUCCCCGGGUACGGCGAAGGCAUUGGAACCAACUUCGUUGUCAAACGAUUGCAAGAAAUGCCUUCUGCCGCACGGUCUAUUGUCCUAUGGGCUGCGUUGCUAGGCACUACCUUCUCAUUCUCGCUUGUGCAAAAGCUACUUUCUGGAGAAUUCCUGUUUGAGGUUGGUGGCGAGGAAGAAGAUGAUGUGACUUGUCCCGCUCAGACCAAGUGGAAACAAAACAGUAGUGACAUUGUUGCUGGGCUUCAAUUCCUACUUCAGGCAUACAUCAUAAUUCCUGGAGAAACUGACGAUGAGUUCAGAUUUUCUUCUGAUCAUUAUGCCCAAGCAGUGGCCUCUAUGCGGCAGUGCCAUAAUGUGGAGAAAAUGCAUUUCAUCAUAACGCAAACUAUGAUGAAGUAUUUACCUGACAACGAAGCGACCAUGCACCUUAAAUCUCGCCACAUUGGUCUUUCUGCCAAGCUAAUCAAGGAAAGGGUCCCGAUACGUACAGCAUAUCGUGAUGUUUUGUACAGGGCAGGGCUAUCGAGCUACAAGUCGGGAGCCAAAGCAAUGGCCCUUAAACAUUAUCAACUAUGUAUCUUUCUUCUACAGGACAGCCCUUGGGCCCCAGAUACCCCAGACGCCUACUACGACGAGACUAGGGAGCUUUACAUUCAAGUCGCAGAAAUGCACCUUGCCUUGGGUCAAACAGAGGAAACGUUAAAUGCUCUUAAGCCUGUUUUUGAAAAUGCACGCACAGCACCCUGCAAGGCCAGAGCUUGGACGUUGCGAAGUCGAGUUCAUUCCGUUUCAGGGGACGUAUGUUCUGCCCUUGGUGACCUAUUCACCUGCUUGGAGGAGCUCGGCGUGAAAAUCAACCGCGUAGCAACGUGGGAAGAAAGCGACGAGGCAUACAGAAAAAUUGCAAAGUAUCUUCAAACGAUUGACUUCGAUACCCUGUUAACGCGACCUCUCAGCAAUGACCGAGCCUUAAUCGCAGCCGGCUCAGUGUUGAACGAAGCCAUAUCCAUUUGCCUCUGGCUUGACCCUAUGAUGUACUUCCAUCUUACAGUCGAAAUGAUGCGGCUGCAUCUUGAGUAUGGGGCGAUGGCGCAGGUAGUAUACUUGUAUAGCCAGUUAUCGACAAUUGCAUUGAGCCGAUUUAAGGAUAUUGAACUCGGCUUGAAGCUUAGUGACGCUGCAUUGUCGAUUCUGCGCAUUACUAGUGACCCAGCAGCGAUCGCGCGUGGCACUACCAUUCAUAAUUUCUUCAUCAACCAUAUGCGGGACCCAGUUUCUGCGAUUCUACCCCUACUGGAAACUUCAACAGAGGCUGCAUUCUUCCUUGGUGACCGUUACUACAUCCUUCUCAAUGUAUCCUCGAUGGUUAUCACUCGGCUUGUUCUCGGCCACGACUUAGGGGAGAUAGAAGACCUUUGCAAUGAUGCGACUGAAGGGAUCGAUGACUGGGUUCAUGAUAUUCGUGGAGGGCUCGGUAUUGUAGCGACUCGACAAGCUGCACGCGCACUUCAAGGGAAAACACUGGCCAGUUCACCAGAACUUGCUCUAUCUGAUGCAUAUCAUGACGAUCAAAGAUUGCAGGCGGAAGUUUUGGAGCGUUUUCCCGGCAAACCCCAUGUUCUAGUUACAUACCGCAGUAUCAUUCUCAUUCCACUGUAUGUGUUUGGCCACUACUCAAGGAUAGUGGAAAUGGGUACCGAGAUGGUCGGUCAGUUGCGUGGUAUCUUUUCGUCAAGACUGGCCACUCAGGUUUACUUUUAUCUCUCGUUGGCUACUUUAUCCCUGCAUUUCGAAGACCCUUUGAGACCUGAUUUAGAGGAAAACCUUAAGACGGUUGAACGAUACAAGGAAGAAAUUGAUUAUAUGCGGGACGCCUGUGAUGCAAAUUAUGGAAUGUGGUCGUUACUAGUUAAAGCGCUACUGUCUGAACUGAAGAGAGACUUCCAAGGUGCAUUGGUAGCAUUUGAGGAAGCGUUGGAUCAUGCUCAAAUCCACAACUGGCCAAUUGAAGAGGCCCUCGCUUACGAACUUCAGGUUGAUUUCCUUGUUCGACGUGGGGCUAAACGUGCAGCGCAAAUGAUGCUGCAGCCCGCUAUUUCUGUGUGGAAUAGAAUUGGAGCGUCUAGAAAGGCACGACAGCUAACUGAGAAAUUCGAAUGGCUGAUGAGGAUCGGCACAGUGUCAAGGACAAACGACGUUGGCUGCCAAACGAUCGAUUCACUUCUUGGAGUUCAAAAGUCCAACGUUACUGAGUCUACGUCUGAAAACCGCGGCCUUAGUUCUCUUGAGAGCGGCCAUAACCAGAAAUGGCUGGAGCAAAACCAAGGGAACGAUGGCCCUUCUGACAUAACCGGCGUUGGUCUGGAUAUAAUCGACCUGUCUACCAUUAUCGAAUUCAGCCAUAUCAUGUCAUCAGAACUCGAGGUCAACAAGUUAUUAACGAAGAUGGUCGGCAUUAUAUUGGAAUCAUGCAGCGGCUCGGAACUUGCCCUUGUGAUCACCGAAUUCGAAUCCCAGGGUUGGUGUGUUGCUGCCUCUGGAGACAACGAAAGCGACCCUAUUGCAUAUGACAACGGUCUGCCUUUCUCUGAAGUGGAAGAUAAAAUGGCCCAGCAAAUCAGCAACUAUACCCUUCGUACCAGAGAGGCAGUCUUGGUGCACAACGUCUUGGAAGACGACCGAUUUACAAAUCUCAGCGAAUCCUACGCAUCCCGUCAUCCCCACGGUCGGUCAAUAAUUGUUCUGCCAAUUAUUCAGGCAAAGAAGUUCCUUGGAGUGGUACACAUCGAAGGAAAACCGAAUUCCUUUACUCAACGCAAUCUGGUACUGUUGCGCCUUGUUUGCAACCAAAUGGGUAUCUCGCUUGCAAAUGCCUUCCUUUUCCAAGAGGUGCGGAAAGUGAGUGCUGCUAAUGCUGCCAUGGUUGAAGCCCAAAAGCGUGCCUUAGUCCAAGCUCGGGAAGCAGAGCAUAAAGCUAAAAUUGCCGAAGUUGAGGCCAACCAUAACGUUAAGCUCAAGGAAGAUGCGGCAAAGGCGAAGUCAAUUUUCCUUGCAAACAUCUCACACGAUUUACGCACACCUAUGACUGGAGUCAUUGGAUUAUCGGAAUUGCUUAAAGCUACUAAGCUGGAUCCUAAGCAAGAUGUUUACGUUGAAUCAAUCCGUGUUUGCGCCGACACUCUGCUUACAUUGAUUAACGAUAUCUUGGACUUUUCUAAACUUGAGGCUGGAAAGAUGAAGGUUUCCAUUGUCCCGAUAAACCUUCGCCAGACAAUUGCUGAAGUCGUUCGGGCCCUUCGAUAUACUCAUCGAGAGAAGGGGCUGAACACAAUUGAAGACCUUGAUAGCAUCGAUCCCGACCUUCUUGUCAUGGGAGAUCCCGUUCGUUUGCACCAGAUAUUUAUGAACUUGUUGAGUAAUAGCUACAAGUUCACACCAGCAGGGUCGGUGACAGUUCGAGCAAUUGUCGAAGAAGAUACUCCAGAGAAAAUACGGGUAACAUGCAAAGUUGCCGACACUGGAAUUGGUAUUUCGGAGGAGCAACUAGUUCGCUUGUUCAGACCGUUCUCGCAGGCCGACAGCUCUACUGCAAGAUCUUAUGGUGGUAGUGGGUUGGGACUAAGUAUUUGCAAGGCCAUCAUUGAGGACGUUCUUGGUGGACGAAUAUGGUUACAGUCCAAGGAAGGUGAAGGAACUACAGUGACCUUCACGCUCGUCUUCAAAAAGGCUGGCAAGGAUGCAGUUCCAAAGACCCCAUGGACACAGGAGCCGGGACAUAAGCAGCCACAUGCCCACAGAUUACGGGAUAUUUCCCAUAUACCCCGCGACGAUGUCAGGAUUUGCAUUGCCGAAGACAAUCCAAUUAACCAAAAGAUAGCCGUGAGCUUCGUCCACCACCUUGGAUUGUCGAGUGAGGUGUAUAGUGAUGGUGAACAAGCUGUUGAGGCCCUUCGACAGAGGUCUAGGGAUGGCAAGCCCUUCCAUGUUGUUUUGAUGGAUGUCCAAAUGCCAGUGCUCGACGGGUGCGAUGCCACACGCAGGAUCCGCGAAGAUCCGGACCCAAAUGUCAACGAGGUUCUGGUCAUUGCCAUGACAGCGAGUGCCAUUGAGGGAGACCGUGAAAAGUGCAUUGACGCCGGCAUGAACAAUUACUUAGCCAAGCCUGUGCGAUCUGAUGUGUUAAAGGGUAUGCUGGACCGGUACCUGGCACCACAGACGAAGGCACUGCCGAAGAGGUCAAAGUCAUCGGCCGCUGCCUCUCGUUUGAUAGAAUUACAGGCUACUACUCCGCCUAAACCCCCGCAGCCUGCUCCAUCAAUAGAUGAACUCAUUGCUGAAGAGAAACGGACUAAGGCUGCAAUAGACGCUGCGACUGCUGCAGCAACCAAAAGGCGCGAAGAUACUCCAAAUGGUGAUUCUAUGCCUGAGGAAUACACCGAGGGAAGCACCGAGGGAAACACCGAGGAAAACACUGGGGAAAAGAGCCAACCUGUGGAGGAGUCGAGAGUGGAAGAACUUAACGAUGACGAUGGCACGCCAACCCCCCCGGGCAAUGAUCCCUCUGUCGACAAGACGCCGACCUUGAACGCUGAUACCUACUAG